CGUUCCAUACACAAACAACUGACGUUCUCACACGUGUGUGAAUUUUAUUUUUUGUAAACUUAACACUUGCGUGUAGAUCUCCUCAAAGUACUGUUAAGUUAAAAAGAUGUCAUCUUUCAAGAAAGCACAAAAGGCAGCUCAGAAAAGCCAUCGAGAAAGAUCUCAGCCUUCCAGUCGUGCCAAGUUUGGACUUUUAGAAAAGAAGAAAGAUUAUCAACUACGUGCAAGGGAUUAUCACAAGAAACAAGCUGCACUCAAGCGGCUUCGUCAGAAAGCACGAGAUAGGAACCCAGAUGAAUUCUACUACAAGAUGAUCAGCACAAGGAUGAUUGAUGGAGUUCAUACCAGUGUGAAGAAAGACGAACCGACCACUGAAGAACAAUUGAAGAUGAUGGAAACGCAAGAUCUGAGAUACGUCAACCACAAGAUGACGGUUGAAUCAAAAAAAAUUGAGAAGCUGAAAUCCAGUCUUCAUAUGCUUGAAGAUAGAGAGGAGAAACCAAAGAACAAGCACACAUUUUUUGUUGACACUGUCAAAGAAGCAAAAGAAUUUGAUCCAGCUAAGCAUCUGAACACCCAUCCUGCCUUGCUCCAUCGAGCUCACAAUCGUCCUACACUGUCCAUGUUAUCUGAUCCAUCGCUGCUGAAGGCUUUAGCAGGAAGUUCAGGGGAAGGGGCAUCUUCAGGCUUAGCGGAUGUCGGUAAAGAAAAGAAGAAGAGAUACCAUGAGCUCAGCCAGCGAAUUGAAAGGGAGAAACAACUCAACAUCAUUGCAGAGAAGAUGGAAGCAAAGAAACAUUCUAAGGAUAAAUCUCGUAAGAAGCUUGUAAAGGAGGAGACACCCGAGUCGGCACCAGUCUACAAGUUCCACAUGAAACGGAAGAGAUGACACCCAGCAUUAUACUGUAUGCUUGUCAAUUAUUUCAAGAGGAAAUUUCAUGUCAAAAGGACAUUGCUGUACAGUGAUGUCAAACUGGCAUCAUAAUGUAAAGAAAAAUAGUCAUUUCGAACAGUGAAAGUUCUGAAGUAAUAAAUUAGGGCUCUUUUACAACUAACAUUGACUCUUUAGACAUGGGAGGGGGUUGUA